GGAAGAGAAACUCCUGUUGAAACAGCUACAGGAACCGAAAGGAGUAGAAUUUAACCAGAAUAUUGGUCAUUAUUUAGACUUUUAACUUCAUUCUUUAGUUCCACUACUUUCCAUAGUCUUUAUUUUUUUUUUGUGUACGUUACUUGGAGUCUUUUUUUAAUUUCUGUUUAUUUUCAAAAUGAAUACCUGAAUAGAUUUGUAUGAAAUGUUUAUCCCAGUGAAUGGGGAUACUUGUAAAUGUAAGCCAUGCAUUCUGAAAGCAGGAAUAAGAUAAAUAGUAUUUGCUGAAGUGACAUUCUGAAUUGAGGAGGGAAGCGCAGCAACAGAGCAGUCUGAAAAGCAUUUCUGACAACAUAUCACUGUUCUGAAAAGGUUAUACAAUGUUUCAUGAAGAGAAGAAGGAAGGAAGUCCCAGAUUCGGGAAACUCCAUUUUCCUGUGGGCCUCUGGAUUAAUUCUCCAAAGAAACACUUUGCAAAGCUAGGAAGACGGUGGCCUAGUGUUGGCUCUAUCAAGUCAACCUCCUCAGACACAGCAAUGUGUAGCAGUCGUGGUAAUGAGCCAGUGGAGUUACGUCAACCAACAAAAAAUAAAAACAAUCGGCACAAACGUCUAUCUAACAUCUUUCACCGUGGUACAAUACUUGUGACCGGCAGUAUUAGUGCUGGUAGUGCCGCAGGGCGUUGGGCUAGUGAGAAGAAAUUAUCAGAGAUUAUUGAUUCAGUGCCAGAAGAUCUGGUCGAACUUUCCAGCCAGAAGAAUUUGCCUGGUAUUCUCAAAAUAUUUGGAGAUGACAUUUCAUCUGGCACCAACUACAAAAGUGUUUUGGCGACCCCACGGUCCAUGGCACGGGAACUAGUAAAAGAGGCUCUGGAAAGAUAUGCUGUGGCUGAUUCAGAUGCAGAAGCCUUUGUUCUUUGCGAUGUGGUUGGGCGUUUUGUAGGGCAUGAGGGUGAAUGGAAGAUGGAGUACCUGCGCAUUGUUGGGGACCAUGAACGACCUCUUGUCCUGCAAGAAAUGUGGAAGCCUAAGGCUGGGUUUUCUCGACGAUUUGAAAUCAGAAGAAAGCAAGAGGUAGAGAAGAUGACUACAGCAGAAGAUAUUGAGACUGCAGGUGGGCAUGGAAUCAAUGCUCAGGCUCGAAAACUACAAAAAAGUCGAUCUCGUGCAGCUUCUGGUGGAAAUGCCCCACUAAGAGAGAGAGAAGAAAGCAUUUCUCUUCGUCGCAGUAUAAGUGAUAUCAACUUAAACACCAAGAAACGUAGAGAGAGAAAAAGCAUAAAGAGUAUGGUGGCAAAUGAUGCAGACCCGAGUCAAGAUGGGGGACUAAAUCAAAAAGAUGGCAACAUGCAAAACUCAACAGAACGCAAUAGCAGUGUAGAUGGUCCUGAGGAUUCUGCUGAUCAGAAUGACUUGGAUUUUGAACGCCUCUCUCAGUGUCUAAUUCAGCCACCUUCAGAACAUCCAUACUUCCUCCUUUUGCAAGGUUACAACAAAGACGUGGACUUCAUUAUAUAUGUGAUGACCAGGAAGAAGCAUCUUUUUGGAAGAUCAGAAAGAACCUUAAGAGACAAAGGUCCUUAUGUUGAUACCUUUCUGUCUGCUCCGGAUAUACUUCCUCGCCACUGUUGUGUAUGGCGCUUGGAUUCUUCUACUCAAAAGAAUAUAGUCCGUGUAAGGCCUUAUCGAGGUGCGCUUGUUACGCACAAUGGAGGAGUCCUCCAAAGAGAAGCUGAACUGCAUACUGGCGAUUUGUUAGGGCUUGGAGAGCACUUUCUGUUCAUGUUCAAGGACCCUAGAGUUGCCCAGACGCGCCCUGCCUGGCUUCCACAAUCCUGGUCAACCUCUGGGUUAAGUGGGGCAUUUUCAUGCCAGAUGUGUGGCAGAUCACUUCAGGAGCGUCAAGAGGCUGUUCAGGCCUACAUAGAAAGCAGAGAUUUAAUUCUACAAUACCGUUCUCAAGAAGAAGAUGCUGUGUUGAAGGAAAUUAUUGAAAAGUCUGGUAACUCGAAAAAUGAAUUUAAGCUGGCUCCUGCAUACCUUUUUAGUCUUUGCAUUGAACAUUCCACUCGAGCUUUGGACCCUGGACACUUUCCUAAACUAGUAAUGAAGAUUGCCACUAUGAUAAAGGAAGUUGUUUGGGAAAAGAUUAAAGAGAUUGGAGACAAACAACCAGAAAAUCAGCAAGACAAAAAUUUAGGGAGUACUUUAGGGAUUGAGGAGGUGGCCUUUGAUCUUCGACCAUUAAUGUUGUGGAUGGCUAAUUCUAUGGAGCUUCUCAAUUUUGUACAGAGAAAAAUCCUAGACAUGGAAAAGGAAUGGGAGUCAGAAGGUACUUCACAAGAUGCCUUGCUAUCAAGUGACCUAGAAGCCUGUGAGGAGUCCAUGGCACUUCUUGAUGAGGUCAUUAUGUACACAUUCCAGCAGUGUGUGUAUUACUUAACCAAGACAUUAUAUGCAGCUUUGCCUGCUCUGCUGGAAAGCAAUCCCUUCACUGAUCCAGGCAGUCUGUCAGAUGUGGGCGAGUUGAAUAACAUGCCUGAAGGCACCCGUGGCACCCUUGCCAUUUACCAGGCUACACUAGAUUUAACUCGGGAGUGUGAACUACAUCCAGAUCUUGUGUCUCAGACUUUUGGAUAUCUAUUUUUUUUCUCCAAUGCUUCACUUUUUAAUACUCUUAUGGAAAAAGGCAAUGGAGAACCAUUUUACCAGUGGUCAAAGGCCGUACAGAUCCGAACAAACCUUGACCUUGUACUUGAUUGGCUUCAAGGUAUAGGCCUUGGUGACAUAGCUGCUGAAUUUUUCAGAAAGUUGUCAUCAACUGUGAACCUGCUGUGUAUUCCUAAAACCAGUCUUUUAAAGAUUUCCUGGAGCAGUCUUCGAAAUGAAUACCCUGUACUUAGCAGUGCUCAGCUCAACCACUUGUUAAGGAACUAUCAUCUGGGAGUGGGACGCUCACAUCCAGCUGCUUGGGACCCCCCAGAGGAGGAAAAGGAUGAGAUCACAAACAAUAUUUUUGAGAGCUUCACCGAUCAUCCUCCAUUGAUUCUACCUUGUGACAACUUCCGCAUGCAACUCUCCCAACACAUACCUAAUGACGCCUUUCACAAGCAGUUGUGUCAGCUUAGACGAUUUGUUUGGGACCUUGAACAGAAAUCACUGCCUGUCAACCAAAGAUCUUUAUACCGGGUGGAGAACAGCCAGUAGGAAAGUGUAACUAAUGUAAUGUUCCCAAGGAUACAAAUCGGAAAAUAAAAGUUUCAAUAUAGGACUUGAAUUGUAUCCAUCUUGAUUGAAAAGUAUUAUAUAACCCAUUCAGGCAAUACAUUGUGAUGGUGAUGACUAUAUAUAUUGUGUCAUUUACAUUUAAGACUGGACAGCAUGGAUUAAGAACCACAUUCUUUUCAUUCCAUUUUCCAACUAUAUAUAUAUAUAUAUAUAUAUAUAUAUAUAUAUAUAUAUAUAUAAUGUCAAACAAGACACUUUUUAAAAUUACUGAAUGCUAGUUCUCUGACAUUAAUUUAUAGCUUUAUAUAUAAAUGCUCUUUGCCAUAAUACAACUACAACCAUUUUAUAUUCUUUUGUACCUGCUCAGAAUGGACUGUUUAAGAUGUUACUGGAUAAAUAUGUCAUAUGUAUACUCUAGAUACAGUAAACUACACUCUAGAUACAGUAAACUAC